GCCACGCCGACAGAUGUGCAAGAUGGCCCAGCGGUUUACAUUUUACGUUUGUUUGAUUUUGUCCCUCAAUCUCUCCAUCGUAGUGAUUCGGGCAAAUGAACCGAAUCAAGAUUUAAAAAUUGAGGUUACGUUUCUGCCAGAAAACUGCAGCCAGAAAGCAAAGAGAGGAGACAUGCUGAAUGCUCAUUAUGAUGGAUAUCUAGCUAAAGACGGAUCUCAGUUCUAUUGCAGUCGUUCAACAACCACGGGUCACCCACAUUGGUUUGUGUUAGGCGUUGGAGAUGUUAUUAAGGGACUCGACUUAGGCCUGGACGGCAUGUGUCCAGGUGAGAAGAGAAAAGUUACAGUUCCUCCGUCCCUGGCAUACGGCGAGAAAGGAAAAGGUCCUGUACCACCAAAUGCAACGGUGAUCUUUGAGGUGGAGCUGUUGCACAUAACCAGAGGACCACGCAGCAUAGAAGCUUUCAAAGAAAUUGACAUUGACAACGACAAGGCCUUGACAAAAGAAGAGAUUAAGGAAUACUUAAAAUGGGAAGCAAAGAAGUUAAAGUCAAAGAAAGAUGAAUCCUAUUUUGAUGAUGUUGUGGCAGAUGUGUUCCAUAAGAAUGAUCACAAUGGCGAUGGGACCUUAUCACUAAAGGAGUACAAUGUUUACGGUCAUGAUGAACUAUAAACACUACUAGACAUUUUUAUGCAGCAGGUGCAUUGGAUAUUGUCAACAAGACUAUAGAGUUGUAGAGUUGAUAAAGGAUUUUGUUUUGAUGAACACCACUACAUUUUGAAUAAACUUGACUGAAAUACUAACUUGUACUAUUGCAAAAACCUAAUAAGGCAUAAAUGUUUUUUUGAAAUGCUGGCACCUGCUUAAAUUUAUCAUUAUUCUAAUGCUCUUCACGCUAAGAAACAAAUGUUCUUUUAAAAACUGUUCAAAGAUAGUUUUAGGGGACCAAAAAUAGGUUUUCAAUGGCAUAGCUGCAAAAAUCCACUUUUUUUGAAAAGCAUAGACAACCUUGAACACAUCAAACAAUGCAAAACUGCACAAAUGUGCAAUUACUAAUAGACCAAUAUAAUCCAUAUUGAUCAACCACUAUUUAUAGCCAAAUAAAUCAGGCAUUUGAACCCAAGGAUUGCUUUUAUAGCUCUGUUUAAAUCAUUAUCAUAUUAAAUGGCAACUUUACAAAAAUUACUAAAACAGCAUUUUAUACAGUAUACAGUGACCCUGUGAAAUAAUAAAGAAGUUUCCAUGACACAUGGUUUACGUGAUUUUAUGACGGUGGAAAAUAGGCAUUUCGCUGACCAAUCUUAAAAAAGUUUGACCAUUGCCAUUCAAAUCUAGCUAUACCCAUUAAGAACACCAGAUGGCUCUCUAAUAUAACUUUUUAAAGUUGAAUGCACUUUUCGUGAACCC